AUGAUCAUUACAAAUUGUUACAAAGGCAUGUCUGAUCCAGCAAUCGCUCGUUUACCAUUGCGUGAUCAUAUAAAACGACGAAUAAGAAUGUUGCGUCAAAAUAAUAAUCCUAUAACAACAGCAAACGAUCCAAAUUUUGCGUCUGUUCUGAUACCAUUAAGUAAAACUGUGCGUCAAGAUCAGUUUUUGCGCUGUGAUACUGGUCCAGGUGAUGAUAGAAUAUUAAUAUUCGCAAGCACUGAACAACUAGAUAUUCUACAAUCCACAGACGAAUUUCUUGUCGAUGGCACAUUCAAAGUAGUCCCUGAAAUAUUCUACCAAUUAUAUAUGAGUGAAUUGCAAGUGCGUUUUACAAUCGACGAAAAAAAAUGA